CACCACUUACCUUCGAAACCAUCGCUUCUUUUUUAGUUCAGUUCCUUUCUUCCCCACAGAAACAGAAGAUCAAACGACCACAAUAACAAAAACGAGAUCAGUUCUCAGUCUCUUCUCCAUCUAUCCGCCAUCUCGGACAAUGGCUUCAUCAUCACUUAUGUAUUCACCAUUCACUCUCUCUGCUUCUAAAGCAGAGCAUCUCUCUUCCCUCUCCAACACUACCAAACACUCCUUCCUCCUCCGAAGGGGAAAGUCAAAACAAACAAAACAAACCAAAUCUCUAUUCAAAGUGAAGUCCUCUGUUUCCGGCGGCAACGGUCUCUUCACACAGACAAACCCGGAAGUCCGCCGUAUAGUCCCCGUCAAGAGAGACAACGUCCCAACCGUCAAAAUCGUCUACGUCGUCCUCGAGGCGCAGUACCAGUCAUCUCUCUCCGAAGCGGUCCAGCAGCUCAACAAAACCUCGAGGUUCGCGUCCUACGAAGUCGUCGGAUACUUGGUCGAAGAGCUUCGCGACAAGAACACUUACAGCAGCUUCUGCAAAGACCUCGAGGACGCCAACAUCUUCAUCGGAUCCCUCAUCUUCGUCGAGGAGCUCGCGCUGAAAGUCAAAGACGCCGUGGAGAAAGAGAGAGACAGGAUGGACGCGGUCCUCGUCUUCCCUUCGAUGCCCGAGGUGAUGAGACUCAACAAGCUCGGCUCCUUCAGCAUGUCUCAGCUCGGGCAAUCCAAGUCACCUUUCUUCCAGCUCUUCAAGAGGAAGAAAGGAACAAGCUCCGCGGGGUUCGCGGACAGUAUGUUGAAGCUCGUUAGGACGUUACCUAAGGUGUUGAAGUACUUGCCGAGCGACAAGGCUCAAGACGCGCGUCUCUACAUCUUGAGUUUGCAGUUCUGGCUCGGUGGGUCCCCUGAUAAUCUCCAGAAUUUCGUUAAGAUGAUCUCCGGUUCUUACGUACCGGCUUUGAAAGGUGUCAAGAUUGAAUACUCUGAUCCGGUUCUGUUCUUGGACACUGGGAUCUGGCAUCCACUCGCUCCGACCAUGUACGAUGACGUCAAGGAGUAUUUGAACUGGUACGACACUAGGAGAGACACCAACCCUUCACUCAAGAAGAAAGAUGCUACGGUUAUCGGUUUGGUCCUCCAGAGGAGUCACAUUGUGACGGGUGACGAUAGUCACUACGUGGCUGUGAUCAUGGAGCUCGAGGCAAGAGGCGCUAAGGUGAUUCCUAUUUUUGCUGGAGGGUUGGAUUUUUCGGGUCCGGUCGAGAGGUAUUUUGUGGAUCCUGUGACGAAGCAGCCUAUUAUAAACUCCGCUGUCUCCUUGACCGGGUUUGCGUUGGUGGGUGGACCGGCGAGGCAGGAUCAUCCGAGGGCUAUUGAGGCUCUGAAGACGCUUGAUGUUCCUUAUCUUGUGGGAGUGCCGCUGGUGUUUCAGACGACUGAAGAGUGGCUUAACAGCACGCUUGGUCUUCAUCCCAUCCAGGUGGCUCUCCAGGUUGCUCUCCCUGAGCUUGAUGGUGGGAUGGAACCGAUUGUUUUCGCUGGUCGUGACCCUAGAACAGGGAAGUCACAUGCUCUUCACAAGAGAGUGGAGCAACUCUGUAUCAGGGCUAUUCGCUGGGGAGAGCUCAAAAGAAAAACUAAGGCAGAGAAGAAAGUGGCAAUCACUGUUUUCAGCUUCCCACCAGACAAAGGAAACGUAGGAACCGCAGCUUACCUAAACGUCUUCGCCUCCAUCUUCUCCGUCCUAAAAGACCUCAAGAGAGACGGCUACAACGUGGAAGGCCUCCCCGAGACAGCUGAGACUCUCAUCGAAGAGAUUCUCCACGACAAGGAGGCUCAGUUCAGCAGCCCCAACCUCAACGUCGCUUACAAAAUGGGCGUCCGCGAGUACCAGACCCUCACUCCUUACGCGACCGCCUUGGAGGAGAACUGGGGGAAGCCUCCGGGGAACCUCAACUCGGACGGAGAGAACCUCCUCGUCUUCGGGAAAACCUACGGAAACGUUUUCAUCGGCGUGCAGCCGACGUUCGGGUACGAAGGGGAUCCCAUGAGGCUCCUCUUCUCCAAAUCCGCGAGCCCUCACCACGGUUUCGCGGCUUACUACUCUUACGUGGAGAAGAUCUUCAAAGCCGACGCCGUGCUUCAUUUCGGAACCCACGGCUCUCUCGAGUUUAUGCCCGGGAAGCAAGUGGGGAUGAGCGACGCUUGCUUCCCGGAUAGUCUCAUUGGGAACAUUCCCAAUGUUUACUACUACGCGGCUAACAACCCUUCAGAAGCAACUAUUGCCAAGAGGAGAAGUUACGCGAAUACAAUCAGUUAUUUAACUCCUCCAGCUGAGAACGCUGGUCUCUACAAAGGGCUGAAGCAGUUGAGCGAGCUUAUCUCGUCGUAUCAGUCUCUCAAGGACACCGGAAGAGGUCCGCAGAUCGUCAGCUCAAUCAUCUCCACAGCUAAGCAGUGCAAUCUUGACAAAGACGUGGAUCUUCCCGAUGAAGGCACGGAUCUUUCGGUUAAAGAGAGAGACCUCGUGGUUGGGAAAGUCUACUCCAAGAUUAUGGAGAUCGAGUCUAGGCUUCUCCCGUGCGGGCUCCACGUCAUCGGAGAGCCUCCGUCCGCAAUGGAAGCCGUCGCCACCCUCGUCAACAUCGCAGCCUUAGACCGAGCAGAGGAUAAUAUCUCGUCUCUCCCUUCUAUCUUAGCCGAGUGCGUUGGAAGAGAGAUCGAAGACGUCUACAGAGGAAGCGACAAGGGGAUCUUGACCGAUGUUGAGCUUCUCAAACAGAUCACCGACGCCUCGCGCGGCGCGGUCUCGGCCUUCGUCGAGAAAACCACAAACAGCAAAGGACAGGUCGUUAACGUAUCCGACAAGCUAACCUCGAUUCUAGGGUUUGGAAUCAACGAGCCGUGGGUUGAGUACUUAUCCAACACCAAGUUUUACCGCGCGAACAGGGAUAAGCUCAGGACGGUGUUCGGUUUCCUCGGAGAGUGCCUGAAGCUGGUGGUGAUGGACAACGAGCUCGGGAGCCUGAUGACCGCCUUGGAAGGGAAGUACGUCGAGCCAGGUCCGGGAGGCGACCCCAUCAGAAACCCUAAGGUGCUACCGACAGGUAAAAACAUUCACGCGUUGGACCCUCAGGCUAUCCCCACGACGGCGGCGAUGGCGAGCGCCAAGAUCGUGGUGGACAGGUUGGUGGAGAGGCAGAGGAUGGAGAACGAAGGGAAGUAUCCGGAGACGAUCGCGCUUGUGCUUUGGGGAACUGAUAAUAUCAAGACGUAUGGGGAGUCUCUCGGACAGGUGCUUUGGAUGAUUGGUGCUAGACCGGUUGCUGAUGGGCUUGGGAGAGUGAACCGGGUUGAGCCUGUGAGCUUGGAAGAGCUUGGAAGGCCGAGGAUUGAUGUUGUUGUUAACUGCUCUGGAGUCUUCCGUGAUCUGUUUAUCAAUCAGAUGAAUCUUCUUGACAGAGCAAUCAAGAUGGUAGCUGAGCUAGACGAGCCAGUUGAGAUGAACUACGUGAGGAAACACGCCAUGGAGCAAGCAGCAACGCUCGGCGUUGAUAUCAGAGAGGCAGCUACAAGAGUUUUCUCAAACGCUUCGGGAUCUUACUCGGCAAACAUCAGUCUCGCUGUUGAGAACUCUUCAUGGAACGAUGAGCAACAGCUUCAGGACAUGUACUUGAGCCGCAAAUCGUUUGCGUUUGACAGCGAUGCUCCUGGAGCAGGGAUGGCUGAGAAGAAGGAGGUCUUUCAGAUGGCUCUUAUGACUGCAGAAGUCACGUUCCAGAACCUUGAUUCUUCAGAGAUCUCACUCACUGACGUGAGCCAUUACUUUGACUCUGACCCGACAAACUUGGUUCAGAGUUUGAGGAAAGACAAGAAGAAGCCUAGCGCUUACAUUGCUGAUACAACAACCGCAAACGCACAGGUGAGGUCACUAUCUGAGACCGUGAGGCUGGACGCAAGAACGAAGCUGCUGAACCCAAAGUGGUAUGAAGGAAUGAUGUCAAGUGGAUAUGAAGGAGUUCGGGAGAUAGAGAAGAGACUGACCAACACUGUUGGAUGGAGUGCAACCUCGGGUCAAGUAGACAACUGGGUCUACGAGGAGGCCAACACGACUUUCAUCAAAGACGAGGAGAUGCUUAACCGUCUCAUGAACACUAAUCCAAACUCCUUCAGGAAGAUGAUCCAGACGUUCUUGGAAGCCAAUGGCCGUGGCUACUGGGAGACUUCGGAAGAUAACAUCGAGAAGCUCAAGGACUUGUACUCUCAGGUCGAAGACAAGAUUGAAGGGAUCGAUCGAUAGAUAAACAAUGUGAAGCAUAUUUUUUAAAGUAAAUGGAAACAAACUGCAUUGAUGUUUUAUUUUUCAAACAAUGACAUCAUCUCUAUGUGAAUAAGAGAAUGUUUUUGCUGACAUUUUCUGACUUUAUAUGAAUGUUGUGGAGCUUUUAAUUCUAAGCCUAAGAGGCAGUAUAUGAUGUUCUUUUUCA